CUCUCUUAAUUUGCAGUCUUGUGAUCUUGCUCAAUCUCUGGCUGUUUCACUUUUUUUAAUCAAAGUGUCAUUUUCCAUGCAGCUAACUCUGUGUGAUCAUGUCUUGUUUCCUAUGCUGUGGGUGUUGUGUCGAAGCCAGUAAGGAAGAGCAAGAACCCUUAUCCAGUGGAUCCAGAAUCCAGAAGCAAGUGAUAGUUCUGGAGAAAGGCAACAAACUAGUUGUAAAGAAAGUAAAUGUGGCGAUACAUGAUGAGAAGUUUUCGGAAAUUGCUGAGCUGUACAAUAAACAGGUGGAUUACUAUGUGACGAUGAAAGACUGUUUAUCUCAACUGAAAAAUGGCAACACUUCUGCGGGCCUCGCCAGUUGCAUAGAGACACUGAAGACAAAGCAUAACAAUUAUGAUAUCCAGAUACAAAUGGAAGGUUACAACUUCUCCCUUGAAAUAAAGGCAGCAAAAGAUAUUCCAGAUGACCUGAAGAAUGCCCAGGAAGUCAUGACACGACUGAGUCAGGCAACCAAACUUCUCCUAGGAACUCAGACUAGACUUGGCGGGAUGAUAUUUUCUCUGAGCCAGGAAAAAAACAAAAUGGCUAAUGAUAUACAGGAGGUUAAUACUGGGUACCUGGAUCAGAUACGUUUAGUGGGCAACCUUGAAGAGAACAUACAGAACAUAGACAAAGCUAAACAACUAUCUAAGGAGUAUGAAGAGGAAGCCAACAAAGUUUUCAUGGAAAUAGCAGAAAUUGCUGGUGUGACAAUCUGAAGGAGUGGGGUGUUAGUAAAACAGCAACAUUUUCAAAUUAUUGAACCGGAGAACCUCUACAAGUCAAAUGGGUUCUAAAUUCUAGCAGUGGUAUGAGCAGUAUAUUACAGCAAUACUUAACACGCAACUUCUGCUAUUCAUGUACAGUAUACUAAUAACAAUACAAAUUUAAAAAAAACAUAUGACUAUGGUAGAACACAGAAAACCAAGGAUUCCUGGACAAUACUUUAGAGACUGCCAUACUGAUUUUUUUCUUUUCUUUAUAAACAAUAAAUGGAUAUAUUGUUA